UAACUACUACACCUUCGUCGCCGAUCUUCGAGAGCGAAAAAGAGAGAUGGCUGAAACAGCGAGAAGACAAGGCGGCGGGAGGCCAUUGCCGCCUCCUCCGAGAGGCCUUAACCAACCUCCUCGUCUUAAACCCGAACCUGUCGAUCGCGAGAAGACAUGUCCCUUGCUUCUUCGUGUUUUCACAAAGAGUGGUGGGCAUCAUAGUAAGGAAGAUUAUGCUGUGAGAGGGAAAGAACCAAAGGAUGAAGUUCAGAUUUACACUUGGAAAGAUGCUAAUCUUCGUGAGUUAACUGAUUUGGUUAAAGAAGUGUCUGUAGCAGCUAGGAGAAGAGAUGCGAGGUUGUCUUUUGCGUUUGUUUAUCCAGACAAGAAUGGCCGUUUCAUUGUCAGACAGGUUGGUCAGACGAUGUCUUAUCCAAACCGAAAGCAACCAGACGACAGUAAAACACUCGCUGACCUUCAUUUCGAGAUUGGAGAUUAUCUGGAUGUAGCAAUCUACUAGGAGGAGGUUUCUGUUUCUCGUCAAGUGAGAUUUAGGUGUGUGUGUGUGUGGACAAGGGAAAGAACUCAUUCAUGGUUGUUCCUAUUUC